AUCCCUUGACUUAUUACAUCCGCAAUUAGGACAAUCAUCAUAUAGAAAAUACUAAUAACUAUGAAUGAACUCAAAACAAAAUCUUAAUCAGUAAAAUAUAUUCUUUUCUAAUUCUAAAGAACAAACCAACAAAAAAAUCACAGCUCAAUUGAACUCAUCAUCAUUCCUCAGAACUCCAAUUGUUUCUUCACCACCUUGCUUGUUGCAAAUCCUAGUGUGAAACCCAGUUUUGCUUUUCCUUUUUUUCCCCAUUUUUUGCCUGACAUUAUAUUUAAUAAUUUAAAGGGCCACUUUUUUGGGGGCCAUUGUUUCUUCUCCUUUACUGUUCAAGAACACUUUUUUCUUUUUUUUUUUUUUCCUGGAGGGGGAGGAAGAAGAUUUUCAGUUCACACCAUGGAGUUGCAUUGAUUUCAGUGUAUGUUGCCUGCGGAGGAAAACCAGACUGGAAGAGUAGGAUGGAACUGAAAAAGGAGAAGCUUGUGAGGUUUUACUCUGAUGGUAAGCAACAAAAGGCUUUUUUCUGGGGUGGGAGUUCUGAGUCAUCGCAAGAAGAGAAAUCAUGUUCUCAAUAUAAAUUUUCGCCAUCUUUGUUGAGCAAUAAAAGUGGAUAUAAGCUUCCGCAAAGUCUUAAGUUUGGGAAGUCUAGGGUGUUUGGUGAAGAAAAUGAGCCAUGGCGCACAAGAAUACUUGAUCCAGCCAGUGACAUUGUCCUGACAUGGAACAGAAUAUUCAUUGUCUCUUGCUUAGUGGCACUGUUUGUUGAUCCAUUGUACUUUUACCUGCCCAGUAUGGGAGGAAGCACAGGCUCGUGGUGUAUGAAGACCGAUACGAAGUUGAGGAUUGUUGUAACUUUUUUUCGCACCAUUGCCGAUUUAUUCUAUCUUUUACAUGUUAUUAUUAAGUUCAGGACAGCUUAUGUUGCACCAAGUUCAAGGGUGUUUGGUAGGGGUGAGCUUGUCAUGGAUCCGAAGAAGAUUGCCCGUCGAUAUAUUACAUCUGAUUUCUUCAUUGAUCUCAUUGCCACACUUCCUCUUCCGCAGAUAGUUAUCUGGUUCAUCAUACCCGCAACCAGAAGUGAUCAAGCUACUCACAAGAACAAUGCCCUUGCUCUCAUUGUUCUAAUCCAGUAUAUUCCAAGGCUAUAUCUGAUAUUUCCAUUGAGCUCACAAAUUAUUAAAGCAACUGGGGUAGUCACAAAAACUGCUUGGGCUGGAGCUGCAUAUAAUUUGCUAUUAUACAUGCUGGCUAGCCAUGUACUAGGGGCGGCUUGGUAUGUAUUGUCAGUUGACCGAUACACUUCCUGCUGGAAGUCGGAAUGCAGAAAUGAAAAAACUCCUGUUAAAUGUUUGCUUCACUAUUUGGAUUGUGGUACUUCUGAUUCCACCGAUCGAAGUAAUUGGGCAAAUGGAACACAGGUGUUCAAAAGAUGUUUUCCUGAUGAUAAUUCUGAUCUCCAAUUUGGCAUAUUUGCAAAUGCAGUCAAGAAAAAAGUCGUCUCUUCAACGUUCUUGGAAAAGUAUUUCUAUUGUUUGUGGUGGGGCUUACAGAACCUGAGUUCUUAUGCGCAGAACCUAUCAACGAGUACGUUUAUUGGGGAAACACUAUUUGCCAUACUCAUUGCCAUUUGUGGCCUUGUUUUAUUUGCACAUCUUAUUGGAAACAUGCAGACAUACUUGCAAUCCUUAACUGUGAGGCUUGAAGAAUGGAGACUUAAGCGAAGAGACACUGAAGAGUGGAUGCGACAUCGCCAACUGCCGGAAGAUUUAAGACGGCGAGUUAGACGAUUUGUUCAGUACAAGUGGGUUGCAACUCGAGGAGUUAAUGAAGAAGCUACUCUGCGCGGGUUGCCUGCUGAUCUGCGUCGCGAUAUCCAGCGUCACCUCUGCUUGGACCUAGUUCGGCGUGUACCUUUUUUCUCACAGAUGGAUGAUCAGUUGCUUGACGCUAUAUGUGAACGUUUAGUCUCCUCCUUGAGCACUGAGGGAACAUACAUUGUACGCGAGGGUGAUCCUGUAAGUGAGAUGCUCUUUAUCAUCAGGGGGAGACUCGAGAGUUCCACUACAAACGGAGGACGAACUGGCUUUUUCAAUAGUAUCAUACUGCAACCUGGAGAUUUUUGUGGGGAAGAACUACUUGCUUGGGCUUUGCUUCCAAAGUCAACCACCAACCUGCCUUCUUCGACUCGUACAGUUCGAGCACUGAUUGAAGUUGAAGCCUUUGCCUUGAGAGCUGAAGAUCUCAAAUUUGUGGCUAAUCAGUUUAGACGACUCCAUAGCAAAAAGCUGCAGCACACAUUCCGGUUCUACUCUCACCACUGGAGGACAUGGGCCGCAUGCUUUAUCCAGGCGGCUUGGCGUCGACAUAAGAGAAGGAUGUUAGCUAAAGAUCUUCUUGCCAUGGAAUCCUUUAGUCUCGGCUCCAAAACAGAAGAUGAUACUGAGCCUGAAGAGGAAGACGACAAGUCUGUCUCAAGAUCAAACUCAUCUUCAGCAAGAUCAAACCUUGGAGUCACAAUAUUGGCCUCAAGAUUUGCCGCCAACACGAGGAGAGGAGCUCAGAAGCUAAAAGGUGCAGGCUUGCCCAAGUUGCAGAAACCGGAAGAACCUGACUUUUCAGCUGAUCCCGAGGACUAGAGAUCGUGAUUGCUAGAAAACAGAUAUCCGUCCAAAUGGGUUGCAGAUAAUUGGAUGAUCCCAGUGCAGGAGCAUACUCACUAUUCAUAUCAACCUGGGUGCUCGAGGAUGUUAUUGACAGGCUCCAUUAUGGUUCCGCUCCCAUUUUGUUCCCGGUGCUAACAAAUACAGAGCUCCAAUCCAAUCAUCACCUUGAGGGGAACGGCUGCGCCCUGGGGAACCGAUUAUUUCCUCUUACAUGUACACCUAAUGUUAAUCCUUGCGGGUAGGAAGAAAAAUCUAACUUUUACGCCUUGUUUGUAUCGUAAGCAUAAAAAAAUACCACUACCUGCAGUUGGUGUUGGCUACUUACUUUCCCCGAAAAUGGGGAAUAAUGACUUUUAUUAGAUCUUCAAAAGGUAGAUAGCCAUUGUAAUAUCCGCGGGAUUUGACAUGUUAACUUAAAUGUUACUAUAAUUUAUUGUCAAGUUGGAGUUCUAUAUUUUAUCUUGAUCUAGUAAAAUGGUGGAGC